AGCACCCGCGGACGGAGACUCGGCUUCCAGAUCGCGCAGCACGUGGAGCGCGGGGCUGCGGGUGCAGUUGUGCUCCCCACGGUCUGAUCCCAGGCUUUGCAGCCCUAGCGAAGCUGGAUGACCUUGUCACCCUAGGAGGCGCGAUCACGUGGUUCAGGGUCUGGGGACAUGGCCAGAAAGGCUCUCAAACUUGCUUCAUGGACCAGUGUGGCUCUUGCUGCCUCUGGUGUCUACCUCUACAGCAACAACUACUUGGACCCUAAUGACUUUGGCGCUGUUCGGGUGGGCAGAGCUGUUGCUACGACAGCUGCCAUCAGUUAUGACUAUCUCACCUCCCUGAGGAGUGUCCCAUAUGGCUCAGAGGAGUAUUUGCAGCGCCGAUCCCAGGUGCAUCUCCGCUCUGCCAGACGUCUUUGUGAGCUCUGCUGUGCCAACCGGGGCACCUUCAUCAAGGUUGGCCAGCACCUGGGGGCUCUGGACUACCUGCUGCCAGAGGAGUACACCAGCACGCUGAAGGUGUUGCAUAGUCAGGCCCCACAGAGCAGCAUGGAAGAGGUCCGACAGGUCAUCCGAGAAGACCUAGGCAAGGAGAUCCAUGAUUUGUUCCUGAGCUUUGAUGACACCCCUCUGGGGGCAGCCUCCCUGGCCCAGGUCCACAAGGCGGUGCUGCAUGAUGGUCGGACUGUGGCAGUGAAGGUCCAGCACCCGAAGGUUCAAGCUCAAAGCUCCAAGGACAUUCUCCUGAUGGAGGUGCUUGUCCUGGCUGUGAAGCAACUCUUCCCAGAUUUUGAAUUCAUGUGGCUGGUGGAUGAAGCCAAGAAGAAUCUGCCUUUGGAGUUGGACUUCCUAAAUGAAGGGAAGAACGCAGAGAAAGUGGCCCACAUGCUUAAGCACUUUAGCUUCCUAAAGGUCCCCCAGAUCCACUGGGAGCUGUCCACCAAGAGGGUGCUCCUGAUGGAGUUUGUGGAGGGCGGGCAGGUGAACGACAAGGAUUACAUGGAGAAGAACCGGAUCGAUGUGAACGAGAUAUCCUGCCACCUGGGCAAGAUGUACAGCGAGAUGAUCUUUGUCAAUGGCUUCGUGCACUGUGACCCCCACCCAGGCAAUGUGCUAGUGCGGAAGCAUCCAGACACGGGCAAGGCUGAGAUUGUCCUCUUGGACCAUGGGCUUUACCAGGUGCUCACAGAGGAGUUCCGCCUGGACUACUGCCGUCUGUGGCAAUCCCUGAUCUGGACUGACAUGGAGAGGGUGAAGCAGUACAGCCAGCGCCUAGGGGCUGCAGAGCUCUACCCACUGUUUGCCUGUAUGCUGACAGCCCGGUCCUGGGACUCAGUCAAAAGAGGCAUUGGACAAGCUCCAGUCACUGCCACUGAGGACUCAGAGAUCCGCAGUAAUGCGGCCAACUACCUGCCUGAGAUAAGCCAGCUCCUGAACCACGUGCCUCGCCAGAUGCUGCUCAUCCUGAAGACCAAUGAGCUACUCCGCAGCAUUGAGACCGCCCUGGGCACCCGGUCCAGUGCCAGUUCCUUCCUCAACAUGUCUCGGUGUUGUAUCAGGGCACUGGCCGAGCAGAGGAAGAGAGACGCCUGCUCAUUCUUCAGAAGGACCCAGAUAUGUUUCAGUGAGGCCUUUAGCCUUUGGCAGAUCAACCUUCAUGAACUUCUGCUUCGAGUGAAGGGCUUGAGGCUACCUGGCUGGGUCUCAGCUCUCCUGGGCUGGCUGACUCGGGCUCCUCACUGAGUGUGACUUGUCGUUCCCUGCCCCUUCCUAGUGUCUUUCCACACCUCAUUUGUUCCUUUAUGCUCAGUAUCCACUGACCCAUGUCUGCCCAGGGUUGGCCUGUGGUCCGAUGAUGGUUGUCCAUGGCACCGUCACACUCUGCUGUUGGAGCCCCCCACUGCAGACUUGUCUUGGGGCCCUGGACUGUACUGGAGACUGAAUUUCUUUCCUCUAAGGAGGGGAUAAAGCAACCUUUUUCCCAUUUCCUGUUGGUGCCAUUGGCUUGGUCAUUCCCACUUUGUGGGGAUUGUCAGGAAGGGCCAACCACAUGUGCCAAAAGGGCACGUUUAACUUAUAGGAAAUCAGUAGGUUCUUGGAACUUGCUAAAGAACAGACUUUGUAUUUUUGCCAUAUCACUCCCAAAGGUGUCUCGCCACAGUGAGGAAGGCUGCAUCUGAGAAUAAGCUGUGCAGCUGUGGGUUCAUGCUGUCACGGUGACACCUCCAGUAUUAUAUAUAUUGUGUUUCAAUAAACCCUUUCAAGGUUGCAGGGAC